GUUAAGCCACACGCUUCGACUAACCGAGUUUGGUUGGUUUUCACUCGAAUUUUCAAUGUAGUCCAUUGCGUAAGUUCGUUCAAGCAACACUCAGUUUACUCUUACUCAAUAGUACUACGAUUGACAAGCUAUUUAAUUUACUCAUUUUACCUAUUCUAUUUCAAUAAAAAGUACCAUAAAUAGAAAUUAAAAAACGACGGUUUAGAUAGGUGAAUACGUUUUGUACGUGUUUGUUGUUAUCGUAAACUAUGCGAUUACAGCUGGCGUGUUGUGUUUUAUUGCUGUUUUCGUGUUUCACACUCACGCAAACUUUUCGAUUUAGGGGCAAUCAACGCUCGCCUGUGAUCCUCGUUCCAGGAGAUGGGGGCAGUCAGGUCGAAGCAAGAAUUAAUAAAACAACGGUCGUACAUUAUUUGUGUGAGAAGGUAUCUUCUGGAUUCUUUAACAUUUGGCUGAAUUUGGAGUUGCUAGUUCCAAUAAUUAUUGAUUGUUGGAUUGAUAAUAUGAGACUUAUCUAUGACAAUCAAACUAGAAAAACAACUAAUCCUGACGGAGUAGAUAUUAGAAUUCCAGGAUGGGGUGAUCCAUUCACAGUAGAAUAUUUAGAUCCAAGCAAAGCUUCUCCUGGAACUUAUUUCAAGUAUAUUGGAGAUAUGCUUGUGAAGGAUUUAGGAUAUGUUCGUAAUGUUUCCUUACGUGGAGCACCUUAUGAUUUUAGAAAAGGGCCAGAUGAAAAUGAAGAGUUUUUUACGAAACUGAAAGAACUGGUUGAAGAAACUUAUGUAAUGAAUAACAACCAGCCAGUCACUCUUAUAGCACAUAGUAUGGGAGGACCAAUGUGCUUGAUAUUUUUUCAACGCCAAAGCCAAAAAUGGAAAGAUAAAUAUAUCAAUUCAAUGAUUACACUUGCUGGUGUUUGGGGUGGUUCAGUCAAAGCCCUCAAAGUAUUUGCAAUAGGCGACGAUUUAGGUGCUUAUUUGUUAAGAGAGAGUAUUCUAAAAAGUCAGCAGAUUACUUCCCCAAGUCUUGGUUGGCUAUUGCCAUCAAAACUAUUUUGGAAAGAAGACGAAGUACUUGUUGAAACUCAAGUAAGAAAUUAUACGUUUGCUGACAUGAAGCAGUAUUUGAUUGAUAUUAAUGUACCAAAUGGUUGGGAAUUUCGAGUAGAUAAUGAAAAAUAUCAGCUUGAUUUCACCUCUCCAGGAGUUGAACAUCACUGCUUACAUGGUAUUCUAGUAGACACCGUUGAAAAAUUACUUUAUAAGCGUGGUGUAUCUAUUGAUGGAAACCCUCAAUUAAUACUAGGUGAUGGAGACGGAACCGUUAACAUAAGAAGUCUAGCAGGAUGCACGCAUUGGAACGACAAACAAAAGCAAAAAAUUUACCAUCAAACGUUCUCGAAAGUUGAUCACAUGCAGAUUUUAAGCGACAAUAAUGUUCUUAAUUAUAUCAAAAACGUUUUGAAAUUCUAAAGCAAAACAUAUUAUAGUUGAAGACCAACGCCAUAUACCUCAAAAAAAUCGGAGAUAUUCUCUGAUGAUUGUGACAAAAUAGUUUUACAUGA